AUGGUCUCAGACUGUGAAUUGGAUAAAGGAGAAAGUGCAGACCCACAUGGCAGUGAAGUGGAUUCGAACCUUAGUUCACCAUGUUGUGAGAGACUAGUCCCUUCUACUAGACCCAACCCCAUUGGUAGCGCUGCAUUUUUAUUGGCCCAACCCAAGCUUUUCGCUUACGGCCGUGAAUCCGUCAAUCAGCCCUUUUCUCCCCUUCCACAUUCGCCCUUUCGUUUCUCCGUUUCAUUCUUCUCCGUUAGCAGCGGCGGAAGAAGUUUGUUGUCGACGGUGAAUUGCAUUCUCUCGCGGAUGAAGAAGAAAACACAAAAGUCUCUGGAGGAUACCGAUGCUGCUCAAGAUUUGGAGUCUAUUAUUCAGCAGCAUAGAGUCUUCUUUGACAAGUUAAUUGAGCUCAUACCAGCCAAGUUCUAUCUACCAAUUGAUGAUGAGAAACCGUGGUUUCAGGGUCUGAGCAAGGCUGAAAAAGCUGCGGCAAAGAAAGAGACGAGGGAAAAUAUUAAGAAAUCUCGAAGGGAACGUUUGGACCCAGAGAAGCCUAGUGUCACAACGCUUGACCUGCUUAAGCAAAGCUUGGACAAAGGAAAGUUGAACGAGAGCCAUGAUGAGCAAAUGGAUGCGGAUCCUUUAACUUCAGUUUCGGGUCUUAAAGGCAAUGAUCAGUCAGUGACAUAUGAAGAACUUCGACAAAGGCUUCAUCGCAAAAUUGAAGAGUUUCGGGCAAAUCGUAACUGUGGAAAUUCCAAUAGAGAGAAGAAAAGGGAUGAGAGAAAUGUGAAGGGAGGAAUUCAGAAUAAGAAACGCAAGAGAAAUGAUGGGAAUGAAGAAAGUAAAGCUGAAUGUAAUGGGUCAAUAGAGAAAAGGAAGAAGGAUGUUGUAGAGGCUUCAAAAGACCUCAUGUUUGGCCGUGUCAAACUUGAUAAUGAGGAAAGGCAAGGGAAGAAAAAGAGAAAAAUGUCGAUACAUAACGAACUUGAAGAGGCAAAAAAACUUGAAGAAGCAAAGAAAGAUCCUGAGAAAGGUGAGGUUAUUGCAAAAAAGCAAUCAUGGAAAGCAGCGAUGGAUAGGGCUGCAGGAAUUAAGGUUCAUGAUGAUCCAAAACUGUUAGAGAAAAGCAUAAAGAAAGAGAAGAAGAGACAACAGAAAAAUUCAGAGAAAUGGAAGGAGAGAAUGGAUACCAGGGAGAAAAUGAAAGCAGAGAAACAGCAAAGAAGAUCUGAAAAUAUAGCUGAGAGGAUUCAUCAGAAGAAAAUGCGUAGAAUUGCAAAGAGGGAGAAAAAGCUUAUGCGGCCUGGUUUUGAAGGUCGCAAGGAUGGUUUCAUUAAUGAAGGUUCCGGUUAACUCAUAUUUAUGAAAGGGCUAGCUUGCUGAUUUUUGUUGUGGCUUCUUUCUUUAGCGCCACUUUCAGUAGAUACAUGAUGAUGUUUUAAGACUUGUUGCUUGAAAUACAUAGAUCAACUUUUGUUAUUCGGGGUGGGGGGUGAACAGGAUUAAAUGGCAGUUUACAACACUUCCCUAUUUUUAGUGAAACUCUUGAUCUAGAUGCUAUUGGCUAUGCCACUCGGAGACUUCGUUUUACUUGAGGUACGAACCUCUGUUUUGUAAUCCUUUUAUUACUUUUACAAAAAAAAAAAGCCAGUUUACUUCUUAGAUUGAUAAUUCUAUCUAGAUUUUAGUGUCUUCAGAUAUAAGAGAACAAGCUAGUUAUUUGAAAAGAAAAAGUUAUUGUAUGAUGAUCCAUUUGUAAUGUAAGAUGAUCCUCAAGAUGGUUGGUUACCUUUUGUAAUCUCAUUGCAAGUGAUUGUUCUCAUCAA